AGCUCAGAAAGAAAGUUUCAGAAACAGCAGAGACUUAGAGACUUCUUCUUUCUAGGCAUUUGAAGCUGAAAAUGGAUGAAAAUAUGUCAGGGUUUUGUAUUAAAAGUAUUCGCGGUGGCGGUGGCGGUGGCGGUAAUGGUGGUAAUAACAAGUGUGGGCGUUGGAAUCCUACUACUGAGCAGGUCAAAGUUUUGACGGACCUGUUCAGGUCUGGACUCCGAACCCCCAGCACUGAUCAGAUUCAGAAAAUCUCUACUCAGUUAAGCUUUUAUGGAAAGAUCGAGAGCAAGAAUGUAUUCUACUGGUUCCAGAAUCACAAAGCCAGGGAGAGGCAGAAGCGCCGCAAAGUUUCCAUUGAUAUCGACAAGGAGUUCAUACGUCGAGAUCAUGACAAGAUUUCUUCUCCAAAAGAAGUGCUUAAUCAAGUUAGUUCAGAGCCUGCAAGAGUGAUUGAGACGCUUCAACUCUUCCCAAUAAACUCAUUCGAUGAAUCAGGAGCAGAGAAGCUGAGAUUUUAUGCAAAUGAGUUUUGUUGCAAAGAGAAUACUAGAGGUUUUACUUACACUGUUGGAGCAGAAAUGGAUCAUCAUCCACCUUUGGAUCUACGCUUAAGCUUCCUUUGAACUUUAUGAUCGAGUAGUCUCUAGCCAAUUACCGUGGCUGUUGAUCAUUUUCGUAGUACUUAGGGUUAACUGGCACGAAUGGUGAACAGAAAGGGGAAGGGGGAGAGAAAUGAAACUUGUAGCUGAUCAAUAAUUUAUUUAAUGAAAUUAAUUUCUCAUGAAA